UUUGAAGUCAAAGGGUUCUUUGUUUUGAAAUUCAUAUAGGCAAUGAAAUUCGAAGACUAUCUAAUGGAGAAAAGCCAAGAGCCUCAAAAUAGACAAGAACUUGAGAAUGAGGUUGUUCAAUUGCAAGCACAAUUGAAGGGUGAAGAGUUACUCAAUAGGGUCUUACUUUGUGCAUCACUGCAUGGACCUAUUUGCUCUCUUCAACACAUUCCUUCGGGGUUUUCAACUCAGGUUUAUGAGCUUCUUGAAGAAUUGGCAUUGGUAGAGGAAGAGAUCAUUUUACUUGAAAGAAAAGUUAAGGAACUAAAACAUAGAUUGUACCAAGAGAAAAAUGAGACCAAUGAUUUGAAAAUACACCAUAGAAAACAUACUAAAUUAUGUAACCAGUUCCAAGGAUCAUUUUCACAAAACUAUGAGGUAUUCACUAAAGGAAGAAAGUCAAAAGAUAGAAGGUCCUCUUUAGGUUCAACAUUGGAUAUCCAUAGCCUAUUCUCCACACCAAGAAGAUCAACAGCAGAAUAUGAAGUGCCAAGAAGGAAAACAGGAAAGAUUCCAAGACAAAAUUUUAUUGAGAAACCUAAUGAAUUGUCAGAGGAACUUCUUAAAUGUCUAAUAGGCAUUUUCCUAGAAUUGAACCAAGCAUCAUUGGACAUUAACGGAUCAGAAACUAAUGUCCCAAGACUCACUCUUUCCUGCAAGAAGACCAAAGGCUUCAUCUCAAAGACUUCAUCCAACUGCAAGCCACAUUCAUUCCUUUCAAAUGGAAAUGCAUCUUGUCUUGACCCAUAUGGAAUAUCAUCAGAUUUAGAUUGCACUGCAAGAGAUGUAGGACCAUAUAAUAACUUCAUCCAAAUUACUAGGAGUUCAUUAGACACUGAAUUCUUUUCACACUGCUUGCCAGCAUUCAGAAAAUUGAGGGUCUUGAUACAUAAGCUAUGUGAUGUUGAUUUAAGUUUCUUGAGCUACAAGCAAAGGUUGGCAUUCUGGAUCAACAUAUACAAUGCCUGCAUAAUGAAUGCAUUUUUGGAUCAUGGCAUUCCAUCUACACAAGAAAAACUGUUGACACUUAUGAAUAAGGCUGCAAUGAAUGUAGGCGGGAUAGUACUGAAUGCGCUAGCUAUUGAACACUUUAUUCUCCGUCAUCCAUGUGAAUCAAAACAUGGUCCUGUGGAUGAAAAGGAAGUCCUGUUGAGGCAUGUUUAUGGUGUGGGGUAUCCAGAACCCAAUGUCACAUUUGCUCUCUGCCGAGGCACUUGGUCCUCACCAGCUUUAAGGGUGUACACUUCAGAAGAAGUUGUGGACCAAUUAGGGAGGGCCAAAGUUGAGUACUUGGAAGCUUCAGUUGGUAUAACAAACAAGAGAAAGAUAAUCGUGCCUAAACUUUUGCAAUGGCAUAUGCAUGAUUUUGCAGAUGAGAUGGAAUCGCUAGUGGAAUGGAUAUAUAGCCAAUUGCCACGCUCAGGAUCAUUGAAAAGAGCCAUGAUGGAAUGCCUAAUAAGGGAAACAAAAUAUCCUAUGACUAAAAUGGUGGAAAUACAGCCAUAUGAAUCUGAAUUCCGUUACAUCCUACCCAUUUAAUAUAUGUAGUAUUUAAAAUGGGGUUUUUUCAAUAUUAUCUGAAACACUAAAAGUUAACAAAAAAUGGUUAUACUAUGUGUCCGAUUGAUAGAGCACUGCAAUGUUUCAUUAAACAAUAGUGUAAUAACAGUGAUGAGUUUGAGGAAUUAAAAACAAGUCUCGUAUUUUUACCAA